AUGAUCUGCGCAAAUAACAGCAGCGUCUGGACCAUCGGGCAUACAGAUAGCGAGGGUGUGAUCAGAGCACUUGUUCUUACCCAAAUCAACAGGUUUGUUCAACAACGCUGCCCCGAAUCCAUGGAACCCCACCAGGUGACACCUCUUCCGCCGAAGGCCAAUGAGCUCCCCGAGGCGCUCAGGUUGAUGACCGACAAUUCGCUGGCCAAACAUAUAACCGCGCGGUUGAUGGAUUUGUAUAAAGACCAGCCUAAGGAUUUGCAAGUUGAAGCGGUCUCGUCGCUUGUUUGA